AUGCUUGAAAUAAUUUCUAUUGUCUUAAAUUUGUUGAGACCUACCACCAAGUCCCUAAAGGCAGCACACAUCCCGAGGGGGCAGAGAGCCUUCGGAGUCCAGAGCACUUGCUGGAAAACCCUGUGCCUCACACAGAAGGGGCCUGGGUGUGAUCUGGGGCUUCCAGUGACCACCAUCUACCUGCCCCUGAGGCUGCACCCCAGAGUGUCAUCAGAUAGAAACCAGGCCAGCCAGACCCCGCCACGGGUCACAGGGGCUGAUGCAGGACAUAUCGCUGGCCUCAGCCAUCAGGAGGCACUUAGGAAUCAAAAGAUGCAUAGAUCUCUCCAAGCAGCCACAUGCCUUCUUAACAGACAACUCCCCAGGACUUAA